ACGCAAGUACGGAAGUCCCUUCUCUUGGAACUAAAACGAACUGUACCGAUUGAUAACUCGGAUAUAUUUUAAUGAAGCACAAGACCAACAGUGGUGGAGUUUGAUACUUCUAUUUACUUACUAUAUGAUGAUUGUGGAGCACUGUACGCUUUCACAACACAAUGCAGUUUUAGUUCGUUUUACAGUUAAAUAGACAAUGGUAAAUACGAGCGUGAACGAGAGCUCAAGCAAAUCAUAAUAAUUCGCUUUUUUACUCAUGUAUGCAUUUUUUUACCGUAACUUGAAAUGAGUCAUGGUAUUCGCACAGUCUUUCAAGUUACCCGCACGACAUGGCUAUGCUGUGGAGAUUUCUCCUUAUUUCCCUUCAAGACUAGCAUGUGCAACAUCUCAGUAUUAUGGCAUAGCAGGUUGUGGCACAUUGGUUGUGCUAGAAGAGAAUGAAGUUGGAAUUCAUUGCUUACGCAGCUUUGACUGGAAUGAGGGUCUGUUUGAUGUGACUUGGAGUGAGAACAACGAGCAUGUGCUGAUCACCAGCAGUGGGGAUGGAUCGUUACAAGUCUGGGACACUGCUAAUCCUGUAGGACCACUACAGGUCUACAAAGGACAUACCCAGGAGGUUUAUAGUGUUGACUGGAGCCAAACCAGAGGAGAACAAUUGGUGGUUUCAGGUUCAUGGGAUCACACUGCAAAAGUGUGGGAUCCAUCUGUCGGCCAGUUAGUACGUACAUUUCAAGGCCAUGAAGGUGUCAUUUAUAGUACUGUGUGGUCCCCAUUUAUUCCAGACUGCUUUGCAUCUACCUCAGGUGACCAUACUUUACGGAUUUGGGAUAUGAAAUCAUCUGGUACAAGACUUGUAAUACCAGCUCAUCAAGCUGAAAUUUUGACCUGUGACUGGUGCAAAUACGAUCAGAACUUGCUGGUAACAGGUGCAGUUGAUUGUUUUUUAAGAGGAUGGGAUUUGAGAAAUAUUCGGCAACCUGUGUUUAAUAUCCCUGGUCAUACCUAUGCCAUAAGAAGAGUGAAGUUCUCCCCAUUUCAUGCAACAAUAUUUGCUUCUUGCUCAUAUGAUUUUACUGUGAGAUUCUGGGACUUUUCCAAGCCUGAGUCACUACUGGAAACAGUGGAACACCACACAGAGUUUGUGUAUGGGCUGGACUUGAGUCUUCACAUCCCUGGCCAGGUUGCAGACUGUGCCUGGGAUGAGACAGUGAAGAUGUAUACACCAUCUUGCUUUGCAUCAGUUCAAUAGAUUUCAUCUGGAAAGAAAAAAAUCACAUACAGAUUACAAAACCUUUGUCUUGAAGUCAAGCAUUCUGCUCUUUUUUUAUAUACAGUUGAAACAAAAUGUGAACUUUAGCCUCAUUGAUAAUGCACAUUUUAUGUACUCUGUAGCCUGUAUUUUGAUUGUGUUAUAAUACAGUAGAAUUUGGGCAACAAGUGAAAAGGAAUGAUAUUUUAUGUUUCUGCUAAUAUUUCAGUACUUGCUUUCUUGCUGAUAAACCUGAAGGUUUUACUGCUAAUUCUUAGUAACAUAUUGGCCUACAGCAAGAGGUUCCGUGGUUCAUUUCUCGUCUGGGCUGCCUUCUGUGUGGAGUCCUCAUGUUCUCACUGUUUUUGUGGGGGUUUCCUUCAGGUGCUUUGGUUUCUUCCCAUGUUCAAAGACAUACAGUAGGAGAACUGGACACUCAAAAUUGGCCAUAGGAGUGAGUGUGCAUGCAAGUGUGUGGUGUGGAAGAACUACAGCGGCACAGCUAGCCACCUGGCGGUGUAAACCUUGACUCUAGAUGACUGUCACUGCUAAAGUGGCUUCCCGAUUUCAUGUGCAAAAAUUGGAAAAAGUGGUGAUGGAUGGAUAAACAUUUCUUUUAAUUCUUACUGUAGUUUCAGGUUACUUCUAAAAAGGAGAGACUGAUUAAUAACACAUUCAGUGCAAUCUGCCUCUUUUCUUAUAACCUAAAGUAUGACUAGAUUUUUGAAAUAGGAUAUGUUGCAAAUAAACAAGGAAUUAAAUGAUAGUUUGCAUACACUUAUUUUAGGUCAUACAUUAUGACAACCUGAAAUAUGUUUCAUAUUGCUUGUCUUCUUAGUCUUGAACUGUAGCUGUUACUAUUAAUAUAGAGGGUCUUCCACCAUUGUAAUGACUGUGCAAGUCAAUGAAUGUGCUACACAGCUACACAGCCAAUGAAUAAUAAUAAUAAUACCCAUUUGUUAAUCAGGUAGGGCCACUGGACACAGCGCAGUCAGAGAGUAAUGUCUGGUUAAGUGACUUGCUCAAAUUCACACAGUAGGCAAAUGAAAUCUGACGGAGUCAAACCCUGUACCACAGAAGCUGUACUUGACAGCUGUAAUUCACUGCUCCAGCUGCCAGUUGUACAGAAUACUGUGCAUUGUCAUAAUAUUUUUUUUUUUGGAUGAAGAUGCAAUGUUAGGAAUUUCUGUGCUGGAUGUGUCUUUUGAGAUGUACUGUGAUCACACACUGUCAUUUUCAGCAGGCACACCAAAGUACCGAAGUUUGCAUUUGUGGAUUUUGUGCCUUACCUGAUGUACGCAUUGAUGCAGCAUCUUAACAUUUGCAUAUAAUCAAAGGUGUCCUAUAAGACCCACCAGAAUAAAUAUUUGCUUGCUUGUUAGAUCAGAGCACUUACAUUUUUGUAUGAUACAUUUCAGAAUAUGUAUGAUAAAUAAGUGAAAAUAAAUACAGAUGGCUACCA